AUUUCAUUCCACGAAUAAGGACGUAUUUGUUUUCGUUAUUUUCAUCAUUUGGAAAUUUGUUUAUGCCCCUCGAUAUCUCCGCAUGGACAACAGAAUACUCAGUAUCGAAUGCAAAUAAAAUAAAUAUAACAUUAAUGUUUUAUUUAAUGUGCCACUGAUACCGACUCAGUUAGUAACAAAUCCGUAGUUCUUCGAUACAGUGUGCAUCUCUUAUCUCAUUUGAAGUGCGUUCUUCCUCCCAUACAACGUUGGUUAAUACUGGAAUAAGUGGAAUACUCGAAUAUUUAUUUCUGGACACUACGAACAGGAUGAAACUGAGUGUUGCGUUAGCAUGGCUGCUGUUCCUUCCACUAAUCUCUUCCACUGGGAUGAAAUGCGAAUAUGGCGAGAGAGGAUCCCUAACAGCUAUAUGUACAAAUGCAACUCCAUCUUUCUUCAAAACGACCAACUACAGAUUUGAUUAUCUCGACGAAACUCUAAUAUGCCUAAACUGUACUUUAGAUACACUGGAAGCAGGAACUUUCGACAUUGCCGGCAAUGAAAUCCAAACGUUGAUCAUCAAAAACAGUUCUAUAAACAGUAUUCGUCCAAAAGCAUUCAUCGGAAUGAUUCACAUGGAAAGGUUAAUGCUUUCUGAUAACCCUAUAGAGACAUUGUAUCCAGGAGCUUUCAUCGGCAUAAGAAAAGUGAAAUAUUUGGAAAUGGAGAACGCAGUGCACAGGCUUGAACCACAUGUUUUCCGAGAACUUUUCAUGUUGGAGAUACUCAUAUUGAGAAGGAACGAACUGACCGAAUUGAAAGCAGGAACAUUCGAAGGACUUCACAAUCUGAAAAUUCUCGAUUUGGGGUACAAUUUGCUGAAAACUGUUAACAACACCUUCGAUACACUUGUGAAUCUACUCGUAUUGAGGUUGAAUAACAACAUGAUCCACACGAUUCAUGGAGAUGACUUCAAUAAUUUGAAGGCUUUACUGGUUCUCAACUUGAACGAAAACCAUUUGUCGAAUUUCUCAAUGAACAUCGGUUCCGAUAACCAUCUGAGAACUCUUAACAUGGCUGCAAAUAAUCUUUCCUCCGAUAGUUUCUUACCUGAAACGUUCAAAAAUCUCAACUACGUCGAAGAUCUGGAUCUGAGUGAUAAUGUGUUCAAGAACAUCUCUCCAACAUUUCUUCAUGGUUUGUUCAGAUUAACAACUCUGAAUCUGUGUAGAAACGAACUGACGACUAUCAAUACUGGUUCAUUUACAGGGUUACCUUACCUCAGAACAUUGAACUUUUCGAACAACCAGCUAGUUUCCCUAAAACUAACUGGAAGACUACAGUUACAUUCUUUGAGUAAACUUGAUUUGUCGAGGAAUAAUAUAAAUUCUUUCGAUUAUAUAAAUCUGAUAACUAAAGCUCCUAGGUUGAAAUAUAUUGAUCUGGUAGGUAAUAAUCUAUCUUGUGAACUGUCCACCGAAUUGGAGACUCUUAUGAAUGAAGAUAACAUCGAUUUCAUGAUAAUUUCCAAUGGCGGAGCUCAAUUGGACUGUCCAAAAGUGACUAAAUCUUAUGAACAACUGAUGAAAAAUUUCACUGAAGAACUUACUCGCCCGAUUGUCAAUGACACUGUGCUGGUCUGGAUGUUUGUACUCAUUACGUUGGUUAUUCUAUUGGUAGGCGUAUUAUUUUAUAUACAAUUCUUUAUAUUACUCAGAAUGAAUAGUGGCUCCUGUAAAAACAUAAGGAUCAUGAGAAAUCUGAGAUCCAGAACAGAAAAUAUUCAAUAAAUGAAAAUACUUUUCCAAUUGUAAUGAACACUUGAAAAAGAAAAGGUGAAAAACAAAAUAUUUCAAUAUAGUGGUGAGAAUUUCAUUGCUCACAAUAUCAUAAAAAUUAACCAAACUUUCAGAUGAAAUUGAAUUCAUCAAAAUACCGGAAUUUUAUUCGAUACAUUUCACAAAGAGAAGAGAAAAUAAAACGUGUUAUUUCUGUUUGUAAACGGAUAGACUGGUUACAAAAGUGUUUAUACCUUCACGACACAAAAUUGUACUUACUUCAUAUAGAAAGCGAUUCUUCUUCUGGAAAUGAAUAGUUUAGGAGUUAUUGUAAAAAACCGGACACUGUAUAAAAAUUUCAGAAAAAAUAAAUUUACAUGAUAGGUAUUU